GCAGAGAAGGCGGAAGGUGGGACGGCCGCUGCCCGAGCUCGGGCUCGGGCUCCGGCUCCCGGCGGCCCGCGGAGGCAGCGGCGGCGUCCUUGGUGCAAGGAGAUUGGCGUCCCGGCUGCCUCGGCUCGGAGCGUGCUGCCAGUCCUCUCCCGCUUCCUCGGAGAGGAGUCGGGUGGCCGGGAGGAGCCCUGCCCUCCUCUGUUUCGUCGGCCCAGCGGACGUAAGCGCACUGUCCUGCUUGUCAUGUUCUGCUCUUCGACUCAGGACACUUGAAGGAACUUCAGCAAUAUGAAUAAAUACUUCAGCAGAUGCUUAAUGAACACAUAUUAUGUGAAAGAUCUUGUGGGCAAUUGCUAAUCAAGUUACUAUGAGUCUGCUAAACUGUGAAAACAGCUGUGGAUCCAGCCAGCCAGAAAGUGAGUGUUGUGCUGCCAUGGCCAGCUCCUGUAGUGCCACAGCCAAAGAUAACAGUGUGAGUGGAACUGCCAGCACAGGGAACCUCUCCAGCUCCUUUAUGGAAGAGAUCCAGGGAUAUGAUGUGGAGUUUGACCCACCCCUGGAGAGCAAGUAUGAAUGUCCCAUCUGCUUGAUGGCAUUACGGGAAGCAGUGCAAACACCAUGUGGCCAUAGGUUCUGCAAAGCCUGCAUCAUCAAAUCAAUAAGGGAUGCAGGUCAUAAAUGCCCUGUUGAUAAUGAAAUACUGCUGGAAAAUCAACUUUUUCCUGACAAUUUUGCAAAACGAGAGAUUCUUUCUCUGACGGUGAAGUGUCCAAAUGAAGGCUGCUUGCACAAGAUGGAACUAAGGCAUCUAGAGGAACAUCAAGCACAUUGUGAGUUUGCUCUUAUGGAUUGUCCCCAAUGUCAACAUCCCUUCCAAAAAUGCCAUCUUAACAUUCACAUUCUCAAGGAGUGUCCAAGGAGACAGGUUUCUUGUGUGAACUGUGCUAUAUCAAUGGCAUUUGAAGAUAAAGAGAUCCACGACCAGAGCUGUCCUUUGGCAAAUGUCAUCUGUGAAUACUGUAAUACCAUACUCAUCCGAGAACAGAUGCCUAAUCAUUAUGAUCUAGACUGCCCUACAGCCCCAAUUCCAUGCACAUUCAGCACCUUUGGUUGCCAUGAAAAGAUGCAGAGGAAUCACUUGGCACGCCAUCUGCAGGAGAAUACCCAAUCUCACAUGAGAAUGUUGGCCCAGGCUCUUCAGAAUCUAAACCUGGCUUUGACUCCCGUACUACAACGUGAUAUGCUUCCAUAUGAUUCUGCCUCUCUGUCUCGGGUUCCCUCUGGAUGUUACCCAGAGGUCCAUAAUUUCCAAGAAACCAUUCAGCAGUUAGAGGGUCGCCUUGUAAGACAAGACCACCAAAUCCGGGAGCUCACUGCUAAAAUGGAAACUCAGAGCAUGUAUGUAGGUGAGCUCAAACGAACUAUUCGAACCCUUGAGGACAAAGUUGCUGAAAUAGAAGCCCAGCAAUGCAAUGGGAUUUACAUCUGGAAGAUUGGCAACUUUGGGAUGCACCUGAAAUCUCAAGAAGAAGAGAGACCUGUUGUCAUUCAUAGCCCUGGAUUCUACACUGGCAAACCUGGUUACAAACUGUGCAUGCGCCUGCACCUUCAGUUACCAACUGCUCAGCGCUGUGCAAACUAUAUAUCACUCUUUGUUCACACAAUGCAAGGAGAUUAUGAUAGCCACCUCCCUUGGCCCUUCCAAGGUACCAUACGCCUUACAAUUCUUGAUCAGUCUGAAGCACCUAUGAGGCAAAACCAUGAAGAGAUAAUGGAUGCCAAACCAGAGCUGCUUGCCUUCCAGCGACCCACAAUCCCACGGAACCCUAAAGGUUUCGGCUAUGUGACUUUUAUGCAUCUGGAAGCCCUAAGACAAAGAACCUUCAUUAAGGAUGAUACUUUACUAGUACGCUGUGAGGUCUCUACCCGCUUCGACAUGGGUAGCCAUCGGAGGGAGGGCUUUCAGCCACGAAGUACCGAUACAGGGGUAUAGAUUCCCCUCACUUGUCCAGAAAAACUGUAUGAAGAAAGCAGUGCCUUUCCUUGCCCUGUUCUCAAUAAUAAUGCACAAAUAACAACAACAAAAUAGUGGGAAAGAUGUAAUAUUCACCAGUGAAUGUUUUUAGAGUCGUUACUCACCACUUCUUCCUGUUACGAAUGUCAGAGACAGCUUUUUCUUUGGAAUCUACAUGCUCCGUGGUUUUCAGAAAGGUUACAUCAGAAGUGCCUUUGGAAUGUUACAGCUAUUUUGUCAAUUAGUAUACCUCUUUGUUGGACUUUCAUGGGCCUUUGGUUCAUCAUAUUGUAUUGUCACAAAGCUCAGAAUUGGAGUACUGAAGCUCAAACCUUCCUUCUCCCAGAGUAAGGAUUUUCCUUAAAACUUCAGUCUUAAUUUUAUAGUAUUGUGUAUAAUAUAUUAAACUUGAGAAUCACUACCACUUUGUGCUGGUGCCAGAGAGAAGAGUUAUUACUAGAGUCAAGUUCUCAUUUUAUUUGACUUCCUAUAAAUUUCAAAGACUUUGAACCAUAAUCCUUGGAAAGCUUAAGUUCUCAUUCACCACCACCACCACCCCCCCAUAGUGUUAUUAAGGAUAUUCAGGGACUAGUUUAAACCCUAAAUAUAACCUUACUUAUUAAUACGAACGUGUCAUCUAUUAAAUAAUACUUAUUGUUUCAUUCUGCCUGCCUACAUAUUUCCUUGAGACCAGUAGCAUCUUUUCCAGAGUCUGUAAUGCUAAUGGAUGCCAACUGCUCAGUGCUGUGCUAUGUGCCCUUUUUUGUCUGUUAAUUGCAGGGCAAACUGUUCAUAUGAUCUCUGUUACGAUAAGUAAAAGCACAUACUACACAAUUACCAAUAUAAAGGUUAAAAAUGACUCAACCAGUCAACCAAUGUGGCAUCUUGCUGAUGGUGACAGAAGCUGUGUGGACCAGAAAUUUUCAGCUCUUUGAACACCCUCUGGUUUAGUUCAAUUAAACAGAAGAAAAUUGAUUUCCUGAAACAGAACUUAAUACUUGGGAGAUCGUUGGGGUAUCUAAGAAGCCACCAAAUUGAGGUUGAAAAUCAUAAUGGUUAUAUCAUGACUUAGGUUGAAUAGAUAGCUUUGGUCCAACAACUUCUGAAGAGGUUCCUGUGGAAUGUAUUGAAGUGGCCAAGUGUUCCUAAUAGGGAGAGAUGAUUUUUGUGCCAUUGUGUAUUUAAGUGCCUGUAGAUAUCAAAUAUAGUGAGAUCUAGUUCUCAGGAAUCCCCGCAACUAUUACAAGCCUUGGUGAAGAAUUUAAGAGAACCACCCACCAUGCUGUUUACACAAGAUUGUUUAAAGUUGUCUGAUUAUGGGAAGACCAUAUUGCAUCAUCACAGAGUCCAAAUCAGAGCCCCCUGACCAGUAUUCAAGAUUAUCCUUAAUUUCAAGAAAGCAAGAGACCUUGGUUCUGGAAAGAAGUCUGGUUUUAAGUUCCAGGCAGACUCGGCAUAUGUCAUCUUGACCUUUCCCUUUACAUUUUCUCUUUACUCCUCUACCCCCUCGCACAUUUAGGCUCCUGCUCUGGCAGCUUUAAGUUAUAGAGUGAAAGUAAAGGUCAGGCAGAGAUGCUGUUCAGUUCCUGGCAGUUUGUGUCCCUCAGCUACUAUACUGUCUAAUAGCUCCUGAAAACCAUUGCAGCACCACCUUCUAGGUAGGGAAACCUGUACUGCUGUUCUUCCUGUGAUUGUUUUCCAAUGAAUUACUAUCAAAUAAUUGUCGGGUUCCACUUUAAAAGUAAAUGGUAGUUAUUUUUGUAUUUGCAUAUGAAAAGGAAAUAUAGUAAACUGGUAAUAGUGGUUAUCCUUUUAUUACAUGACAAACAUGUACUUUUAUCAGAGAAAAAAGUUAAAUGUUGCCACAAAACAUUCAAAUGCCCCACCACCACUACCCUCCAAAAAAAGGAAAUGCUAUUUAAAAGCUUCCUGGCCAAAUUUCUAUUAAAAGCAUGGCUGUGCAUUAGAUACUAAGAGGAGUCAUUUCCUGCCUUGAUGAUAUUCUGUUUUUUUCUUUUAACUUAGGAGUCUUUAAUUCAAACAAGAAGUUUUUUUGCGUAACUUUGUAACUUCUUUUAGCUUCGGGUUUCUCAUCUGUAAUAUAAGGAAUUGGACUAGACAAUUAAAAAUUCUGUUUUAAGACAUUAAGUUCUAUCUAGUAAAACAUUGACAAUACUUAUUAAAAGAUUUUGCCAAUGGAAAAUUGCUUUAGCUUAUUCUUUGCUGACACUAAUUCUUGGAAUUGGUGUGCAUCGACUGGGUCACAUCUUAAUUGAAAUGAGCAUUGUUUUUUAAUCCCCAACAUUUGGCAUCUUGUAAUAAACAAGCCAGUUCUUUUAUUCUGAUCAUUCGUUGUCUAUAUAGAGUUGAAUAAUGAUCAAGCUCUCCUUCUGAAUAGAAUACUUUACUAAGACUUCAGCUCAUAAUUAAAUGAACAUUUAAUAAAAGCAGUGACUUUUUAAGUCUCACUUGGUAAGCCAGCUUCUUUGUAUACUUUUCAAAACAGCCCCAUUCUGAAAUGGGCUAGUUUCACUGAGGUGACCCGCAAGUUCUAGGGCCAUGUAUUUAUGUUUGUUUGUCGCCUUCUAUUAUGUUAUUUUGGCAUCAUUCCGGGACAUUGCCUAAUUGAAACAUUUUACUUCCUCUUUUCCCAGAGUUGUCCAAUCUUAUGUUGGAUGAAACUUGCUGCAUGUCAUUUUGCUAUUUGAAAAACAGAAGUCAGGAUGUUGACUACCAAGCUUAUUACUAUCCUUUGGCAGUUUUACAAUGAUACAGUUUUAUUUGGGGAAUGAAUAGUAGAAAAAAGGUGAAAUAGAAGGAGAAGUGGGUUUUUCCCCCUUACUAAUUAUGGACUAAUAUAGAGAUGUUGUAUGAUUUUCUCUAGCAGUUAAUGUUUGUGGAAAACAUAAAAUUAUAUUCUCCAUUAUUGUUUUUUUAUACCUGUGAAGCUCUAGAUAAACUAAGCAUGCUUAUGAAUUAUGCAUGCAAUUAGAGCACAUUCUUUUUACAGAGAAGCAGUUGUUUGUUGUUCCUUUAUCCAGGGAAUCCUCAAAUCUCAGGUGGCCAGAAGACAUUUUUAAUAGAGAGGCUUUUCUAACUUAAGAUUUUUAAUACUUUUAUUCAGUUGCUGUUAACUCUUUUCUUGCUUUACCUUAAAUUCUGCUCAUUGUUUUGUAUAAAAUACCAUUAGGUCUUUUUUGUUAUGCCUAGUUCCAUACAACUAAGAACUAAGAUAGGGACAAUAGAUAGUCAUUUAUGGUUUUCCCUUGAAAUAUAUUUUUUUAAAUUCCCAGAUUCAUGUGAUAGAUGUAGUUAGUUUCACAGUUGCUAUGAUCGUGUCUAUAGAGUGGAGUUAGCACUUCCAACUACCCAGUAUCCGGAAGUUACAUGAAAUCAAAUUGGGUGGAUCUGCAGACUGUAAUGCUCAAAUUGGAUGGAUCUGCAGCCUUCACUUUUAGUCAAAGACAAACACUUGCAGGGAGAUGUGUAGUUGUUUUACUAAAUUUCAGCUAAUAAUGUUUUAAGUCCACCCCCCCUCCCCAGAAACUUCGGGUUAUUAUAAAAUUCUGAAAAAUAAUUCUAAAUGGGGAAGACAUUUUUGUGGAGUAGGAGUUGCAUUGCUUCCCUUUCUCUCACAAAGUGCUUUCACAGCUGGACAAGGGGAAAGGAGGGGUGUGUUCCUCUGCCUUCACACAUUGGCACCUCUGAAUGCAGGGCAGUUCCGCUCUUGGAAAGUCUCCGAGGCACAGUUGCAAUGCUGCCUAUGAGCCAUUCCCUCUGAAAGGCAGAAACUCUCAUAGCCCUCCCUUGCCUCUGCCCACUAACUGCAUUUACCCCCAACAUUCUUCCAAGCAGGUUGUGUGGUAAAGGAAAAGGUUCAGAAUUCUGCAGACCUACCCAAUGAGCCCUAGAUGCAGCCAGGACAUAGGAAUGCAUGGGUUGCUAAGGCUUCUUUGUGCACAGACUAGGACAGUGAGGAAUACAAUUCUAACUGUGAGCAUGAUGAGUUAGAUAGGGGAAAGAAGGGCGUGUAUGUAUUCCUGUAUUCCCAAAAGGAAAUGCAGUCACUGGUCUCAGAAGUGCAUAAAAACUCCAAGAGAAUGUAAGCUUUGUGAGGGCAGGGAUGCUGUCCUGUUCACUACCAAAUCCCCUGUAUAUAGCAAAGUACUGGCACACAGUAAGCACUCAAAUAUUUAAUAACGAACAUUUACUAGAGCAAUGGUUAAAGCUGACCAAUGUCCAGGAGGUUGUUGGACACGUUAAGUUUUAGGUGUAAGGCAUAGAUGUUAGUUACUUCAUUUGCUUUUUUCCUUCAGCACUUUAUUAUGAAGUUUAUCAAGGGUGCAGGGAAGUUGAGAGGAUUUUUCAGUGAACACCCACCACCCAGAGUCUACAAAUAAUAUUUUGUUACAUUUGCUUCCUCGCUUACUAGAUGUUACUUUUAAUGAGACUUGUUCAGAUUUUUGGUUUCUCUUGAAAAAUAUCACUGUGAAGGUGACUGAGCAGCUUUAGUCAAGUUGUCUUAAACUCUUUGGUGGAAACUUGUGACAUUUGUGCUGUAACUGGAAUUGUAAAGACUUUAAGCUAGUUUUAAACUUUUAUCUGUUAUGCUGAAUUUUAAUCUUAUUUAUUUUGCCUGAAAAGGGGGUAUUUUUUGUAGUAGAUUUAUUUUAAAGUCCUUGAUCAGUUGUGCAGAAUAUUCUAAUGUUAUUUUUACUCUUGAUAGAUUUUAUCCAAUUAAUUUCUCUUUGUGAGAAUGUAAUUUUGGACCUGUUUGGCUUAUACAAGUUCCAGGAUUAUGUUCCCAGAGGGUUGAUGCGGCUGUGUAAUUUAGCAUAUAAACCACUAAAUUAGGAGCUAAGAGACUUGGAUUUUACUCCUAACUGACCAUGGACAAAUUAGUUCUCUGUGUCUUUGUAUCUGUUUAUCUCCCAGUAAAGUGGGGCCUGGACUUUGAAAUUAUAUAUUAUUAAAUAAUUAUUAAAUAAUGGGUCUGUUAAGAAAGAUUUUAGGAAUCCAAAAAGGCUUCUUAUAAUUCUAUAAAUGUAUGGCAAGCUAUGGAAUGAAAUCCAACUUUCAAAAAAUUGAAGCACAUUCAAUUGUUGAAGUGUCUUAUCAGAAAGUCUGCUGAUGCUUUGGGCUUACUAGUGACACAGAAUUUGUAAGCAAUUUUCUUAACCCAUCUGGUCUCUGAAAACCCAUGCUUUCGGAGGAGUGAAUGCAAAGUCGGGGGCAGGGGCAGGGAUGCACUGAAUCAUAGACUAAAAAUCAGAGAUCAGUUUUAAGAGCAGGUUGUGUUGGACGGAGGGAUGGAAGGAAUCCUCCAGAUCCUGCAACACUCCACUCUCCCCCACCAUUGCCAAGCACAGUGGAAACAAACCCUGAUCCCAGGGGUCAUUUAGCCUCCCUUGGUCUCAAUCAGGUAAAUACAAUUGAAUCAUAGGGUUGGCUGAGGGAGGAGUGAAUAAGCAGUGCCUUUGUACUCCAUUUAGUAGAUAAAUGUGGGCUAUUCCUUCUAAAUCCAAGUUAUGAAUGUAGAUUCACAUUUAUUUCACCAAGACACUUGGAGUUUUUAUUUUAGAUCACAUCUUAGUAGUGAUUUUAAGGGUAUGACCAAAACAGUGUUCCUUGAAUGGCACCUGAUUGAAUAGUAAUUUAGAAGAAAACAAGUGCCAGACUGACAUGCCUAUGCUCUCCCCGCUGUUGUUGACACUCCUUUAUCAGCUUGUGUAUUGCGCUAAUACCUUUACAAAAAAAUAAUUAAAAUGAAAAAUCUAUAUUAAAAUACACAUAAUAUUAUAAAUGAUUUUUAAUAAAUUGCUCUGA